UAGAGUGAGAUCGAAGCCGUUUUUGGUCGGAUUGGAUACAACCUAACGACCAGAAGAAGAAGAAGAAGAAGAAGAAGAAGAAGAAGAAUGGGGAAGCCGCCUCGGAGUUCAGCUGCCGCACGCUCCGGCGAGGACCUCCACGCGGCGGCGAGAUCCGGCGACCUGAGGGCCGUCCAGUCGAUGCUCGCCGCGAACCCUCUGGCCGUCAAUUCCAGAGAUAAGCACUCCAGGACUCCACUCCAUCUAGCAGCAUGGUCUGGUCAGGCACAAGUGGUCGCUUACCUCUGCCAGAACAAGGCUGAUGUCGGGGCUGCUGCCAUGGAUGAUAUGGGGGCAAUUCACUUUGCUGCCCAAAAGGGGCAUUUGGAAGUUGUACGCACGCUUCUUUCAUCUGGUGUCUCCAUUAAAGCUUCCAAUCGCAAGGGCUUCACUCCACUACACUAUGCGGUUCAAGGGUCCCAUUUGGAGCUUGUGAAGUACUUGGUAAAGAAAGGUGCUAGCCUGAGUACCAAGACUAAAGCUGGGAAAACCCCUGUUGAUCUUGCAAGCAGUGAAGAAAUUCGCUCCUUUUUGGUAGAAUCUGAAGAAUCAUCUAAAAAAGGCGAACAUCCUGAUCCUGGGAAGCAAGCUGAAGCCUCUAGUACAAAGUUAUCUUCUGAUGAGAAAUCAGAAAAUAGUCAUGAAUCAUCCGGGAAUUCUGAAGAGGAGGAUGGAAAUGCGAAGAGAAAGGGUGAUGACGAGGAAAUCAGGGAAGUCUCUCAACCCAAAAAGGCGAAGGUCAGGCUUAAUCAUCUUACAAGUUCAGAUGAUGCACAAGAUGAUGAAGAGAACUUUUGAGGCUGUUGUGCAGAGUUUGAUCAAUUCACUUUAUAUAUUUUGUAACUGACGAAAUUGCACUAACUUAGGGGCUCGUUCUUGGAUGUUAAUGUUAUUGUAAGGUUUCACUGAUUAAAAGAAUAGAGGUUCGUUAAGUUUACGCUUUCAAUUUUUGGUCCUUGUUUCAUUUGUAAUGCGGGUGCCAGUUGGGAUGGCUUCUUAUAAUGAUUUAAGGCUUAAAUGCAGCAACUGGUCAGUUCAGUGCAGGGUGUAGCGUGGCAUCAUUUAGUUGAUCUGUAUCUCAUCUUCCUCUGAAAGUUGAAGACAUUGAUCUAUUUAUGGUA